AUGUCAAUCAUAGAGUUCUGUUCUUGUGGAAGUCUGACUCCUUCUUUGAUUCCCUCAUAUUCAUCUAUACACAUGGCGGUGGAAUCUCUUUCAGGUCUUUCAGUUCAUUGUACUGCCUUCAUUUUCUCAUGUAAUACAAGGCGUAUUCUCACAUCUCUUGAUGUUAUUAUAGAGCAAGGUGAUAGUUUUGAAAUCAUCGAUGUCAUGUCACCUUCAUCAAAUGGAAAAAGAAUAACAAUAGGUCAACUAACGGCAAUACGCUUAGCAGGAUAUGAGGCAAUCAAAAAAGGAAAAUUAUUUAUGGACAUCUUUAUUGCUGUUUACUCAGCUAUCCUCCCUUCGAAAUAUCGUUUGGCAAUCAUCAUCAAGGCGAUAACUUCAGAUACGAUCAAUGGCAUUUUCAGAAAAACUCACAUUUUUCUGAUGAUGAUUGCUGUAGGCUUGUUCAUUUUUGAAUAA